UUUCGUUUUACAAAUACAGAGUCACCCUAUGUUUAAACAUGGCUGAAGAUAUGUUGAAACUCCUGUGCAGUACAGCCAAACUUGAUCGGGACAGAGGUUUACAGCAGCUACAAGAAUUUCUUCAAAAACAAAAUGCCGAAGAUGUCAGAGAAUUUGAAAAUAACCUUGUUGAUUUGAUGUCACACGAUGAAAGUACGUGGGAAAAGAAGCAUGGGUCACUUAUGGCCUCAAAGACUGUCAUGGACAGUCAACACUUUUCAACUGAAUUUGGGGAUCGAGUUCUCCAUAACUCCCUCCAUCUCUUGGAAGACAAGGAGUAUCGUGUGAGAAUAUCGGCAGGUGAAGUGAUUGGCUCGUUAUGCAGAACAACAGGUGCAGGCAUUUUCAAACAGGCCCGAGAGAAAAUCUUAAGUGGGAUACGGGAGAACCUGGAAAGGCAGCCACUAGAUGGAGACACUGGAGAUGAUCGAUGUCAGCAGGAGAAGCUGAUGGAGAAGCUGAUGCCGGCAUCCCCACCCACAUCCCCACCUUUAUCUCCACCCUUAUCCCCACCCGUAUCCCCACUCCCGGCUGGGCAGCAACGAAGGAGAAACAGUGCUGAACAGAUCUUCCAUGACACAGCAGGAUGGAAGUCCUUAGAGACAUGGAUGAAAUGUCUGCAGGCAGCUAUAGAAGGCUGUGGCCCGAGCUUCAACACCUUUGUGGAUCAGGAACUACUGGAUCUCAUCUUUGCUGCCAUCGUACACACCAACCGUUUUGUGCGUGAAACCGGCUACUAUGUGUGCUCAUCUCUCAUAGACUCUGGUCCUAAAAGUUCCAAAGAGGAUGAGGGACAGGAAGAAGAUAAUGCCAUCUAUCGCCAUGGCGGUCAGUUUUCAGAGUACUUGGGGAAGGGCCUUGCUGAUAACUGGAGCCAGGUGAGACUGGCUAGCUCUGUGACGACGCGGAAGUUCCUGAUGAAACUGUUACCUGAGGAGUGUAGGGAGAAGUUCUACCCCUGCCUUCUGCCCCGCAUGUGCCUCAACAGGUACUACGUGGCCGAGGGCGUGCGGAUAUACUCACAGGAGACGUGGAAGCUGAUCACACAUGGAGUGGGCAAAUCACUGGUGGAGAAAUACAUCAAGAAUGUGGUGGAGUUCUACAUCGCCCAAACUGAGGCUGACAAUCAUGCUGUGCGAGAGGCUGCCUGUGCUUGUAUUGCAGAACUUGGCUCGAAGGUUGAGAAGACAGCAGUAAGCCCCAAUAUCUCCCAGCUCCUGUCUGCACUGGUGGUGUGCUUCAACGAUGACAGCUGGCCGGUCCGAGAUGCUGCCUGUGUUGCCUGUGGGAAUUUCAUCAAGUGUUUCCGUGAAGAAUCCAGAGGGACCAUGCCAGAGCUAUACCCAUUGUUCUUCAGCAACCUGGAGGACAACAUUCCGUCUGUGAGGCAGGGGGCUGCCCUUGCACUGGCUCAGGUGGUGCAGGCGUACGGUGAGGAGUCUAUGAGUGUGGUCCUCCCCAAGCUGAAGGCGGGGCUUGAGGGGGUGGAGCACCAGGCUGCAUGUGUGGAAAAGUACAGCGGACUCGACAAGGGGCCGGCAACGUACCGGGUGGUCAAGCGUCUCCGUGACAACGACAUGGAACUACACACGAAUCAACAGAUGUAUUCCUGUGGUUCCCUGGCACCGAAGAUGGGUCGGGGCUCCCGUGGAGGUGGCUGUAUGGAUCACAUGUUCCGGAAACCUCCAGAACCUUGGGAAAUGGCUGACGGAUGUGUCCACCUGUUGGCGGAGUUAUCUUCCCAGCAGCAGCAGCAGCAGAAGGUGGCGGAACUACUUCCUGUAAUGGCACAGGCAGUCAACAGACAUCACUACACUCAGCAUGUAGCAUUCCUAGAGGCCGUGUGUAAACAGAUUCCUAAUAUUGCCAAAGGUUUGGGUAAACGAGCCUUCAAGCCUCACCUGGAACAAUUUAUGGACUGUCUCUUCUACAGCUUAUCAUGUGACAACAUUUUGACGUCGACUGCGGCUAGUCAGUGCCUGUCUCAGCUCAGCGCAUUCCUGGGCCCAAGUAUCCUGCGUGGCAGAGUGGAGCAACACAAUCCAAGGUACUUGGAACAGUUGAAUCAAAUUGUAGGACCUCCAGUGAUAAUGUGAAGAUAUUUUAAACAAAUUUAUGAUCAAAGCUUCCACCAAAGAGCAAGAUAACACCUCCUUGUGAUACAGUCCACGCUUUUGUAUCAAACAUGCAUGUAAAACAUGUGCUGAUCUCAGACAUGCAUGUAAAAUAAUAUGUGAUUAAUUUGGGCAGAGAUCUCACACCAUAUAUGCUUAUGUCAAAUAGACAUCACACAAGAUGUGCUUAUUACAAUUAUAGAAAUCAUGAGCUCACCUCAAAAAAGAAAUCUACAAUAUCUGCCUUUCUCAAGCAGAUAUUGCAAUAUGUGCUUUUAUAACCAGAUAUCACUCAAACUGUUGUUGUCUGAAACACAUAAGCCACACAAUAUGUGCUUAUCUCAAACAAAUAUCACAAUAUGUGCUUAUCUCAAACAGAUAUCACAAUAUGUGCUUAUCUCAAACAGAUAUCACAAUAUGUGCUUAUCUCAAACAGAUAUCACAAUAUGUGUGCUUAACUGAAACACAAACAUCAGACAAAGCGUGGUUAACACAAGCACAGGCAUCACUCAAUAUGUUACCUCUUAUCUCCUCGGCUCACUUCUGAAACGAGUGAUGAGUCCAGUUCAGUGCUGGAGUGUCUGAGAUGAGUCCACCACUUUGAUCUUUGGCUAAUGAAGUUUGAUCAUUAAGAAGUCAGAUUAUUGAAGAAAUAUAUGUUCCAUCUGAACAUGAAGUUGUAUGAUGUAUAGUAUAUGGAUUUGUAUACAUAUCUAUCUAUUGUAAUGUUGGGAAAUACACAAUGUGAGAUGAUGCUAUUGUUGGAAGAUCUGUGUUUGGGGGUGUUAGUAGUUUCCUCAAGAGUGGAAAGAAUUUGCAAAUGGUGAAAUAAUGUUUCCAUGAUUUAUUGAAAAAGAAGUAUUUGUUGCUUGAUACAAUACUACUGAAUAUAAUAAUCAUAAAGUGAUUAUGUUAGCACUGGUGCUUUAUGUUCUGUUAUGUGUAUGCCCCUCACCAUCUGUGUCUAGAAUCCGAUCAAGCAAGGUAUGUGAAGCAAACACUCACGGGGGCACAGGUCACCUCACUGGUCCAACAGAUAGCUGUUGAGAAUUGUGUCCCUUAGUUGAGCUAACAAUCAAAGACUUCCCAGCUACAUUAAUCUGACUGCUGUGAUAUGAAUGAAUAUUGAAAUGGUGCCGAACCGAAAAGAGUGGCCCUUCACUGAUAAUCAUAUGGGGGAACUCACUCUGGAAGUAGUGAAUCAUGUUCUUGAGGUAUCCCAGCUUGGUGAAGAAGCGGAUGAUCCAGUACACUGUGACUUUCAGUGUAACUACCUACUCCAGUCUUGAUGCUGUUGAUGUGCAUUGCCACCUGUCGUAAUGUCAUAUGUAGUAUUGUUAUUGAUUAAAAUGUGUCCUUGUUGAAUCGUAAAGCUCAAAUAUUUUUGGUCAGUGUUCAUUGUUGUAACUCCCAGUAAUCAACACAACCACCUUGACAGUACUUUUAAGUAAUCAUACAAAAUAAAAGUUUAAAGACUUUUA